UGGGCGUGGCCUGCGCUUUCGCAGCGCCGCCGCGCCGCUAGGGGGUGCUGACGGCGGCUCCGGCUCCGGCGCCCAUGGCGGGGGUCGGCGCCAAGCGGGGACCCCCCGAGGGCGGGGGGGGCCCCCCCGAAAAGAGACCCCCCCGCGAGGAGCAGCCGCCGACCACGCUGAUCGAGCCCCUGCGCCUGGGGGGCAUCUCCUCCACGGAGGAGAUGGACGUCAAGGUGCUGCAGUUCCGGAACAAGAAGCUGGCCGAGCGGCUGGAGCAGCGCCAGGCGUGCGAGGACGAGCUGCGCGAGCGCAUCGAGAAGCUCGAGAAGCGCCAGGCCACCGACGACGCCACGCUGCACCUGGUCAACCGCUUCUGGGCGCAGCUGGACGCCGAGGUCCAGGCCCUGCUGCGGCGCUGCGACGGCGACGGGGGAGGGGCCGGGGGCGGGGGAGGGGCGGCCCCGCCCCCCGGGGACCCCCCCGGGGACCCCCCCGAGCCCCCCCCCGAACCCCCCCGGGGACCCCGAGAGGAGAGAGGCGUGGGCGGGGCCCGAGGAGGGCGUGGCCGCCGCCCCUCCCCCCCCCAGGCUGGGCUUUGCCCCCGAGGCCGUGGCCAGGCUGGGGGGGGCCCUGGGGAGAGUCCAGAGGGGGCUGCAGCACCUGGGGGGGCACCUGAGCGCAAGAGCCGAGCUGGCGGAGCCCGGCCGGGAGCUGCUGCGGGAGCUGCUCUACUUUUUUUCUGGGAUUUUUCCGAGCUGGCGGAGCCCGGCCGGGAGCUGCUGCGGGAGCUGCUGCGCGAGCACCGGCGGCUGCAGGAGCUCACCCAGAGCCUGCACGAGAAACACCAGAGGGAGGCCCUGGAGCUGGCGGAGCUGCAGGACAAGGCCACGUCGGCCGAGACGAAGGUGCUGGAGAUGGGCACCACGCUGGAGGGGCUGCAGUGGGACAGCGCCAAGCUGCGCAAGCGCGAGGGGCGGCUGGACAGACACCUGGCCGAGGCGCUGGAGCAGCUGACGUCAGGCUCGUACGGCUCCGGCAGCUCCGGGGGGUUCCAGGGCGGGCAGAUCACCCUGAGCAUGCAGAAGUUUGAGAUGCUGAACGCGGAGCUGGAGGGGAACCAGGACUUGGCCAACUCGCGCAUGGCCGAGCUGGAGAAGCUGCAGCUGGAGCUGCAGGCGGCCGUCAGGGGCCAGGAGCGCCUCAAGGUGGCUCUGCGCUCCCUGCCCGAGGAGGCGGUGAAGGAGGCCCUGGAGUACAAGGUGCUGCAGUCGCAGUUCUCGCUGCUCUACCACGAGAGCCUGCAGGUGAAGACGCAGCUGGACGAGGCGCGGGCGCUGCUGCUGGCCACCAAGAACAGCCACCUGCGCCACAUCGAGCACAUGGAGAGCGACGAGCUGGGCGUGCAGAAGCGGCUGCGCACCGAGGUGAUCCAGCUGGAGGACACGCUGGCGCAGGUGCGCAAGGAGUACGAGAUGCUGCGCAUCGAGUUCGAGCAGAACCUGGCGGCCAACGAGCAGGCGGGCCCCAUUAACCGCGAGAUGCGGCACCUGAUCAGCUCGCUGCAGAACCACAACCACCAGCUCAAGGGCGACGUGCAGCGCUACAAGCGCAAGCUGCGCGAGGUGCAGGCCGAGAUCAACAAGCUCCGCCUCCAGGCCAGCGGCGCCCCUCCCCCACCAAGCCCCGCCCCUCCCCCGCCCCCUCCCCCCUCCUCCUCCUCAGGCCCCGCCCCCUCCUCAAGCUCCGCCCCUCCCCCUGAGGAAACCCCGCCCCCCACCCAAGCCCCGCCCCCUUCUGAGGACAAAGAGGGCGUGGCCUCCUCCGGCCCCGCCCCUUCCCAGGAGCCGCCCCCCAAACCCGCCCCGCCCCCGCCCAAGGAGGAAGAGGAGGAGCCCCCAGGCCCCGCCCCCGCCCCGAGCCCCGCCCCCUCCCAGCCGCCCCAAGCCCCGCCCCCUCCCCGGCCCUUGGCUCCGCCCCCUCCCCGGCCCCGCCCCGAGCGGGGGGCGGGGCGGGAGCGGCCCAAGGGGGCGGGGCCUGAGGAGGGCAAGAAGAAGGACUCGGAGGUGCUGAAGCAGCUGAGGGCGGAGCUGAAGAAGGCGCAGGAGAACCAGAAGGAGAUGAAGCUGCUGCUGGACAUGUACAAAUCGGCCCCCAAGGAGCAGCGGGACAAGGUGACGCUGAUGGCCGCCGAGAGGAAGAGCAAGGCCGAGCUGGAGGAGCUGCGGGGGCGCUGGCGGGAGCUGGAGGAGCGCGAGCGCCGCGAGUCCAAGAAGCUGGCGGACGAGGAGGCGCUGCGGCGGCUGCGGCUGAGCGAGGAGCAGAUCGAGCACCUGCAGAGGAGGCUGGCGGCAACGAAACAGGAGGAGGAGGCGCUGCUGUCGGAGAUGGACGUGACGGGCCAGGCCUUCGAGGACAUGCAGGAGCAGAACCUGCGGCUGCUGCAGCAGCUGCGCGAGAAGGACGACGCCAACUUCAAGCUGAUGUCGGAGCGCAUCAAAGCCAACCAGAUCCACAAGCUGCUGCGCGAGGAGAAGGACGAGCUGGCCGAGCAGGUGCUGGCCCUCAAGGCCCAGGUGGAGGCGCAGCUGCAGGUGGUGCAGAAGCUGGAGGAGAAGGAGCGGGGCCUGCAGAGCGCCCUGGGCGCCGUGGAGAAGGAGCUGAGCCUGCGCUCGCAGGCGCUCGAGCUGCACAAGAGGAAGGCGGUGGAGGCGGCCCAGCUGGCCGAGGACCUGCGUGCGCAGGGCGAGCACGUGCAGGCGCGGCUGCGGGAGCUGCAGGUGUGCGCGGCCGAGAACCGCGCGGCCAAGGACAAGGAGUCGCUGAGCCUCAAGAGGGCCCAGGAGGAGCUGUCGCGGCUGCGCCGGAAGCUGGAGAAGCAGCGCAAGGUCGAGGUCUACGCCGACGCCGACCAGAUCCUGCAGGAGGAGAUCAAGGAGUACCGGGCCCGGCUGACCUGCCCGUGCUGCAACGCGCGCAAGAAGGACGCGGUGCUGACCAAGUGCUUCCACGUCUUCUGCUUCGAGUGCGUCAAGAGCCGCUACGACACGCGCCAGAGGAAGUGCCCCAAGUGCAACGCGGCCUUCGGCGCCCACGACUUCCACCGCGUCUACAUCAGCUGAGCGGUGGUCAUCUCCGGUCAUCUGUGGUCAUCUGUGGUCAUCCUUGGUGACCAUGGCCGUCAAUGGCCACCCAAUGGUCAAUGUCCAUCCUUGGUGGCCAUCAAGUGACCACCCAUGGUCACUCAUUGUCCCCUUUUGGUGACCCACGACUUCCACCGCGUCUACAUCAGCUGAGCGCUGGUCAUCUGUGGUCAUCUCCAGUCAUCCUUGGUGACCACGGCCAUCAAUGACCACCAAUGGUCAAUGUUCAUGCUUGGUGGCCACCAAUGACCACCCAAUGGUCACUCAAUGUCCAUCCUUGGUGACCAGUGAUCAUCUCUGAUCAUCUGUGGUCAUUUGUGGUCAUCCUUGGUGACCACGGCCAUCAAUGACCACCCAAUGGUCACUCAACGUCCAUCUUUGGUGACCAGUGGUCAUCUCUGGUCAUCUGUGGUCAUCUCUGGUCAUCUGUGGUCGUCUUCGGUGACCACGGCCAUCAAUGACCACCCAAUGGUCACUCAAUGUCCAUCCUUGGUGACCCAUGACUUCCACCAUGCCUGUGUCACCUAUGAUGGUGGUCAUUGGUCAUCCAUGGUGACCAGUGGUCAUCUGUGGUCAUCUGUGGUCAUUUCUGGUCAUCUGUGGUCAUUCUUGGUGACCACAGCCCUCAAUGACCACCAGUGGUCAAUGUCCAUGCUUGGUGGCCAUCAAUGACCAUCCAUGGUCAUCCAAUGUCCAUCCUUGGUGACCAGUGGUCAUUUCUGGUCAUCUGUGGUCAUCUGUGGUCAUCCCUGGUGACCACGGCCACCAAUGACCACCCAAUGGUCACUCAAUGUCCAUUUUUGGUCACCAAUGUCCACCUGUGGUCACUCAAUGUCCACCUUUGGUCCCCACUGACCACUGAUGACCACCGAUGACCACUCGUGAUGGUCACUGACCACCAAUGACCGCCCCGCCCUGCCCCCAUGGUCACUCCCGCCCGUCUCCUGCUGACCACUGACCGCUCUCCGGCCGCUCCCCGCUGACCACUGACCGCUUGUGGUCACUCUGUGUCCCUCACUGACCACCUGUGGUCACUCUGUGUCCCUCAGUGACCACCUGUGGUCACUCUGUGUCCCUCAGUGACCGCUUGUGGUCACUCUGUGUCCCUCACUGACCACCUGUGGUCACUCUGUGUCCCUCACUGACCACCUGUGGUCACUCUGUGUCCCCCCCACGGUGACCAUUGGUCACUCCAGGCCACGCCUGACUGCCCCUGUCCACACCAGAGUGACCACUGACCACUCCAGAGUGACCACUGGUCACUCCUGGUCACUUUUGGUGACUCCUGGCCACUCCAAAGUGACCACUGACCACCCCAGGUCACCCCAGAGUGACCACUGACCACUCCAGAGUGACCACUGACCACCCCAGAGUGACCACUGACCACUCCAGAGUCAGCACUGACCACCCCAGAGUGACCACUGACCACUCCAGAGUGACCACUGACCACCCCUGUCCACUUCAAACUGACCCGUGGUCACUCUAAAGUGACCGUUGGUCACUCGUGGUCACUGCAAACUGACCAUUGGUAACUCUGGUCACUCUGAAGUGACCACUGGCCAAUUGUGACCACUCCUGGUCACUCUGGCAACCCCAAAGUGACCAGUGGUCACUCUACAGUGACCACUGAUCUCUCUGGUCACCUUGACCAUCCCAAAGUGACCACUGGUCACUUGUGGCCACUGUUGGUCACUAAAGUGACCAAUGGACACUCCUGGUCACUUGUGGUCACUAAAGCAACCAGUGGUCACUCCUGGUCACUCUAAAGUGACCAGUGGCCAUUUCUGGCCACCCUAAACUGACCCCUGGUCACUCUGGUCCCCCUAAACUGACCGUUGGUCACUCCUGGUCACUCUGAAGUGACCACGGGUCACUCCGGUCACAUUGACCAUCCCAAAAUGACCAGUGGUCACUCUGGUCACUCCAAAGUGACCCCUGGUCACUCAUGGUCACUCUAGAGUGACCACUGGUUACUCUUGGUCACUCUGACCACCCCAAAGUGACUCCUGGUCACUUAUGGCCACCCUAAACUGACCGCUGGUCACUCUUGGUCACUCCUGAUCGCUCUGAAGUGACCAGUGGUCACUCUGGCCACCCUAUACUGACCAAUGGUCACUCGUGGUCACUCUGAAGUGGCCAGUGGUCACUUCUGGCCAUCUUGACCACCCCAAAGUGAGCAAUGGUCACUCUGGUCACUCCAAGGCCACCCCAAAGUGACCAGUGGUCAUUUUUGGCCACUCUUGGUCAGUCUGGUCACUUGUGGUCACUCUAAAGUGACCAUUGGUCACUCUGGUCACCCCAAACUGACCCCUGGUCACUCUGGCUGCUCUGAAGUGACCAGUGGUCACUCCUGGUCACUCUGAAGUAACCAUUGGUCACUCUGACCACCCCAAGGUGAUCCCUGGUCACUCGUGGUCACUCUGAAGUGACCCCUGGUCAUUCUGGUCAUUCUGGCAACCCUAAAGUGACCAG